AAAUAGAAAGCCUAUUGUUUAGUCACGCCGAAUUGUUAAAUAACUGUUAAAUGUAUAUCUGAAUAAAUUGUUUAUUAUAGUGAAUUUUAUAUUUAAUAAAGUAUUUUGUAGUAUUUUUAGAAAUUUAUUGUUAGAAUGUUGGAACUAUUAUUAAACUGUCUGAAUAAAAUGUUGAAGCAUAAAAGAAACACAGUAAAAUUCACAAAAAUAAAAUUAAAAAUGAAAAACAAUCCGAUAUAAGAACUAGUUCAAUUACUCGUCACAUGUCAUUAAAACAAUCAUAUUUUGUUAAGUAUUUUGUAUAUAAAACAAUAAUCAAAAAAAGUUUGUACAAUGGAUUAAGUACAAAGUUAUUUUUAUGCUAAAUUACGCACAAGUCUAAUCAAAAACCAAAGAAGGAUUGAGCUUAUAUACAAUAAACAAAGGUUUCUGUUCAACCCGGUGCUUUCCAAUAUUUUUUAUUCUGUAUACAAAACAAAAGAAAAGUUAUAAUAUAAAACCAAGCAAGUACAAAAAGAAGAUAUAAAAAAGCAGAUGGUUCAACAAAUGAUCGGCACCGGCCGUUAGUCGUCGUGCGUGUUCGUUUAUCCACUUAAUCCACCAUUAAGACUAUGUACGCGGCAGCAGGGGGCGCUUCUUUGGCUUCACGUCAAGCUCGCCAGAAACAACGACAGAACAAAAAGCAACAGCAACUAAAGAACCAGAAGGCUUCGGAUUUACUUCCGAAGCAGCCGCAGGCCAAACAGUUCCACAAUUAUACAGAUCCAGCAGUUCCUAGACUAUCCCGGGUGGAACGAGGUGCUCUGAAGCCUCCGCAGCAACAUGAGAGGCGGCACAGCACUUCGAACUAUCUCAAGGAGCCGAGGGCUCGCAUCCGGGAGAGUCCAUCCAUAUCCAUACCCGUGCAAAAUCAUCAGCCCCCUAUGCCCCUUACCCCUUGCACCUUGGUGCAACAACACAAUCAUCUGCCCCUACAUUCAACCACGACGCUUAAUCAACAAGUGCAGCUGCCACAAAUUUUCAUACCAGAAGACAGUAAGUUGGAGAGGAGAUGCAGCUUCGUCCGUCAAGUGGAGGAGAUGGAGAAGCCCCAGGAAGGUGGGGUGUUGGACAGAUGCAACCAUAUUUGCAACUUCGAGAUCAAGGAUAAACAGUGGGAAAACCACACGUCGUACUACACCGAGUACGACAAGGAGGUUUUCGGCAGCUUGGAAUACCCCUUUUCCGAGUGUUCGCAGGGACGUGCAGCAUGGCAGGAACGGGAACGGGGAAGGCGCUGUUCGCUCUCGGAAGAGGCGCGGCAACAACGCAUCAAACAGAACGAGGCGCACCACCGGUGGAUGAAAAGGAACAGAAUCCACGAUACAUCAUACGGUGGAGGAAGUGACGAAGAAGAUUUUUUCGACGUUUACCAUCAAAGUGCGGCUGCCAAUGCUUUGCUGUAUGUGGGCUUGGGCACCAUAGCUAUAGGGGCUAUCAUAUUUUUCGUCGGGACUGGCGAAAAAGGCUUCAAAACGCUAGAACUUCGCCUUAUAGGACCUACAUUAAUAGCGUGCGGCCUACUCUGCUGCCUAAUCCGUGUGUUGUUAUGCGCAUGUCCAUCGACGUGUUUCCGCAAAAGAAGAAAGAAGAACCGUUUGAAGAACGGGUGCGAGCACAGUUCAAGCCGGUACCCAUUGGCGGGCGUCAAGUGUCGCGAGGGCGGCGACGCCGCCGACGUUCGCGCCGUCGACCUGGGUCCGCUCGAUCGGUCGUCGCUGCUCCACAAACAGAAGAAGAAAGUCUCGAUAGUUCCUCCGAAUCAUUCGUUGCCCAGCACUAGUACCAGCGAGUUCAAGGAACUGCCGCAACAAUCCGUUGCCGGAGUACCCGAUGAACACACCAGGAGAAUCAGCAUCCCGCAAAUCAACCUUCCCGACUUGGAGGAGGCGAAAACCUCGAGGGCCGAGUCCGUGAUCGAGCUGCAGAGUCUCGAGCUGGCUUACGAGAUCGAGAGCGUGUCGAGCAACGAUAGCGACAGCACCCCGAUCCUCGAGCCGGAACGGCCGUCGAAGCUGUCCAGGUCGCGGGAACCCGCCAACCUCGUUGAGCCGUUCGGUGGUGAUGCGGAGACGAGUCUCAGUGUGGUGAUCGAGCGGAACGAUAACAGUGACUCCAGUGAUGGCGCUGGUGACAAACGUGGCCAGGAGGCGGACAAACAGACACACAGUGGCAUAGUGCUCAGUCCGCUGCAGCUGGGACAAUGAACUAAAUUGUUGUACACUUAGCGGUUAUGAAAAAAUAAUGAGCAGAACGGCGGGUGUCGCAUACGAUCCGGGGGCGCAAUCUAUAAAGACAACUAGAAAGAAAUUUGUAUUUCGUAUGUUGGUUCUCUGUUUUACCAAAAAUUAAAUAUAUAAUUAGAGAAGUAUAUAUUUAAUCUUUGGAUUUACUUCCAAUCUAUGUUUCGAUGGUUGAUCCGAGAAAAUAAAACUUAAAUAAUAUACUUAAUUCUUAAGUUAACCAGAAAUCGAACGAAAGAUAACAAAUUACAAUUUAUAAAUUGGAAAUACCGAAAAAUACUAUUAAAUAAUAAUAACGAAAUAUUCAAAUUAUUAUAUGUAUGUAUAAAGACUGUCUACUACAUCGUGAAUCCCCGAUCGUAGUGCCAAUAGUGUUUGAUCCCCAAUUUAAUUUUUAGAUUUUAUUCUUUUAUUAAUUAUUACAUUAUUUAUUUAUAUAAAAUAUGUUGAAGUGAAACAAAAUGUAUUAAAAUAUUCUUUAUUUUGCAGUACUUAAUAGCCGAGUUAACUUUACCAAUAUUUAGAACAUCAAAAUCUUCUCUGAUCCCUUAUCGAAACAAACACACAUUCGUUUGACACUUAAACUGUAUUCCUAUUAUUAUUUAACGAGCUAACUAGCAACUUGAUACGACAUUCGACAAUAAACUACGACGGUUCUUAAAACACCUCACUUGAAUACUCGUUUCUUUCGCCAGUAGUGAGCCCGUCCUUUGCUUUCAUGAGCUUAAUGGUUGUGAAUAAAUAUGUUCAUAGUGAUUACGAUGUCCCCCGUGUUAAACGGCACUCGCCGUUAUCAACUGUUAGUACCUAUAUGGAAUUGAUUAAAUAUUAUAAAAUAUACUUGCAGGAUGUUGUCUGUGUGUUUCCCCGAAAUAAAUGUACUGAAAAGGGGAACAAACUGACAUGUUAUGACCAGGGACUCAUCAGAAAAAUGGUUUUUUUUUUAUUAUUUACCAAUUAAUUAUUAUAAUUUGAUGGGAUUUCCAAACAAUAUUGGUAGACUUACGAAUUAAGUGGUUGUUAGCACAUGUGUAAUAGAACAUAAUUGUAUUAACUAAUCGGACAAUACUUUUGUGUCACAUUAAAAGGGAAUAUAUAUCAAAUAUUUACGUUGCAUUUGUAUACGAUUAACAUUUAUUCAAAAGUUACUCAUUUCAUGUUUUUUUUUCAUAAAUCAC